AUGCUUUCCUAUCAGAAUGUUGCAUAAAAUGAAUAUUAGAAAGAGAAAGAUAUUCCAUCUCCAAGUCCACUUACAAGACCUAAAGACAAUAAUACAAAUUAAUAACCUACUCCAGUUCCAUAACCUUUUAAUACAUUACUCCCAGCAAACCUGUAAUAAUUUUGAUUUUUAUCUCAAUAGUUUACAUCCUUAGACAAAGGAAAAUGAUAAAUAAUCGUAAAUUAUUGCUUCUCAUUUAGAAUAUAAUCCAAUUUAUCCCAAAAAGAUUAAUCAUUUAGGUCUAAUUACAAUAUAAAUUAAAUAAAUCCUCAAGAGUAAAUGCUUCUUGAAAAGCAAUAGUUACUUAUGGAAGAAGGUGAAGACUUAAAGUAACAUAAUUAUUACUACUUAGAGCACAAGUGAAGAAAUUAUAGAAUGAGAAUUAACAACUCAAAAAAGUUAUCGAUUAACUUCAACCUGAAUUGUAUUCAGUUUACCUUCUAAUCCUUUAGAUAAUAGUUUAAAAACCAAAAGUCGAUUGAAUAAGAUCUUAAAGCCAAAUUUGAUUAUUAAGAGGAAAUGAUAAUUAAGUUAAAAUCAGAAGUUCGUAGAAAAUAGGAAGCUCUCCAAGAGAAUCAAUAUAAGUUAGCUGAAUUAGAGAAAUUAUAAAAGAAGUUGGAAGAUUAUAAUAUAUUGUCCUCUAAAUCAAAUGAAUUAAAUAAAUAAAUUAAAGAACUUUAAGAUUAAGUUUAAGAUUAAAAAAGACAAUUAGUCUAACUUAAUACUGCUGAACAUGAAAAUAGCAAUUUUAAGGAAUAUAUAGAAAUAUAUAAAUAAUAAUUGAGAGAAAAAGAUAUUAAAAUUGAAUAACAUCGUGAAUAAUAAGAAUAAUUGUACUUAGAUAAUAAGAAAAUGAAAGCUACAUUAGAUAUGUUAAAUUUUGAAUUCAAAAAAUAAUAAGAAAAUUCUAAUGAUUAAUUACAUAGAGCAACUAUAUAAAUUACAGAAUUAUAAGGAUAAAUGAGUUCUUAUUAGAAAACAAUUACUAAUUAAGCUCAUUAAAUUGAAUUAUUAAAAUAAUAGGUCAAAUAAUUAGAAAUUAAAGAGAAAGAACUUUAUAGUACUAAAAAUUAAUAAUUAAAAUUAGAAGAAUCUAUUUAAAAUCUAAACUAAUAAAAUUUACUAUGUAACUUAUUAGUCUCUAAUUUAAUUAGAAUAAAAAGAAAUAGAAAAAUUAGCUAUGACUUUGAAGAAUGGAAAAUAAGAAUAUUUAAAUUAAUAAUAGAAGCUUACAAAUGCUGAAUAAGAAAUAAAAAAAUAAUCUGAUCAACUUCAACAAUUACAAAAAUAUAAGGAUUAAUUAAUUCAUUAAUGCCAAUUCCUUGAUUAAGAAUUGAAAAAAAAACAAGGAAAUUUAGAUUAAAGCAUAAAUUAAGCUCAACAUAAAUAAAUAGAAAUGAAGUCAAUUUAAGAUUAACAAUAAAAUUAACUUUAAAAUAUGGAAGGAGAAUUAUAAAAAAGAGAUGCUAUCAUUUUUACUUUAAAUCAAUAAAAUUAAGCAUUAAAAAGCUAACUUGAAUAAUAUUCCUAAGUUGAUACUGUAAAUAAAAAUGAGUUAAAUAGUAAUUUUACAAAAAUGAAAGAAAUGCAUAAUGAUUUAAUUCUAUAUGAAAAAUAGGUCAAUUCUAUUAGUUUGGGUAUUAAAUAAUAUAAUUUAUAUAGAAAACCAUUAAAUAAAAUUGUAAAACUAGAUUUUAUAAGAUAGAAAUAAUUAAUUGGAAUUCGAAAUUACUAAAUUAAGAGUAUAUAUCUAUUUUUAUAUAUAUAGGAAUAAUUAAUCUAAUAAGACAAUCGUAUUAGAAAUUUAGAGAAUGAAUUAUAGAGUUAAUCAUUCAAUUAAAAAUUUAAUACAAUAAGAUUACCUUACACAUCAGAUUAACUUUUUCCAAAUUAAUAAUAGUUAUCUUAAUAAAAUACACCUAAAGGUUCUUUUAAUCAUUAAUUUAAUUUGUAUAAAUGA